AUGAUAGAAACUCUGACAUCGAAAGAACUUUUUCCAAAUGGAGAGGCGGUGAUGGACGAAGCAAAGGUGGUGACCAAAAAGGAAGCACAGUUGAAACGGGACAAAUAUGGGCUUCCAUUAGAACCACAGCCCAGCGACCACAAAGACGACCCUCUGAACUGGCAAUGGCUCUGGAAGGUCUACAUCGCGCUCCUCGUCUCCGGUAUAGCCUUCACAGCACAAGCAGGAGCUGCGCUCAUCAACCCGGCCUUCGUCACCAUGUCAAGGGAGCUGGACAUCACGGUCGAGCAAGCCUCUUAUUGCACAACCGUCUUCAUCUUAUUCAGCGGGGUUCUAUCAAUGUUCAUAGUGCCCUUUGCCAAUGUCUAUGGCCGACGCAUCUGCUAUGUGAUAUUCACUCUUGUCGGCGUUGCGGGAGCAUUCACGUCGGCCGGAGCCCCAUCAUAUGGCGGCAUCAUUGCUGGUCGGGUAUUGAACGGUGUUGGAGGCAGUGUACCGCUCGGUCUUGGAGCUGCGUCUAUUUGCGACCUGUUUACACAAGGUAAACGAGGUCUUUACAUGGGCAUAUAUGUCCUGAGUGUCAACAAUGGACCUCAUAUUGCACCCAUUGCUGGUGGAUAUAUUGCCGAACGCCUGGGAUGGAGAUGGUGCUUCUGGGUACCUGGAAUCGUACAAUCUGCUCUUUGGGUGAUCUUGUCGUUCACUCUACCCGAGACUCUCUUCUCCAGACCAAACGCCAACCAAAUCGAACAUCGGUCUUACAUUCAAAAGCUGCUAUUCCAUGGCAAAGUCCUCGAUCGCAAAGUGAGACCUCGCGAUUUUGUGGGUUCACUGCGUAUGGCUCGCUAUCUGGCUGUUCUUUUCCCGGCGCUCUGGUUCAUGACCGCGAGCACAUAUGGCAGCGCGAUAUUUGCAGUGACGGGUGCUCGCCAAGCAACGCAAAUCUACCACUUUGAUGUUGAUCAGAUAGGUCUAUACCUCGGUGUUCCUCUUACCAUUGGAUUCUCCCUCGGUGAGGCGUCAGCUGGCUGGGUCAGCGACCGCAUCGUGACUCUCGAUGCGAAGCGCAAUCAGAGAGAACGAAAACCAGAGGCUCGACUUUAUCUGCUACCGGCCUGUACAUUACUGGGUAUCGGAACCGCUUUGUAUGGAUAUUGCAUUCAAAAACGGGAACACUGGAUUUUCCCUUCGGUGUGCAUGGUGAGUGUCUCCAUUGCCUUCCCGGGCAAGCAUGACCGUCCGUACUAUCCUGCGUCCGUGCUAACACAAUCAACAGGCAGUCAGCGGCUUUGGAACGCAAGUCGGAACGACGAUGGUCUACACAUACGCGACGGAUUCGUAUAAGCCUCAGAGCGGCGAAAUCGGCGCUGUCAUGAAUCUUUUCAAAGCCAGUGAGAUAUCCCGUAAGCCUACGGGGGCUUUUCACGUGCUGACACACCUGCACCAGUCUUUACGUUCAACAUUGGAUUCUAUGCCCUCCCGUUCGGAGAGAGUGUCGGCUUCGAUGCCUCGUUCUCGAUACUGGCUGCGGUAAAUCUCGCACUCCUGCUACCUUUCGUGUUCCUCAUCUGGAAAGGCGAGGAAGUCCGAAGAUGGCAGGGCAAGCCAACAGAUCAUGCUGAUCUUUGA